AUGACCAUGAAACGACGACUGCAAUCCGCACCUUCCACCAAGGACCUAUCUUUCUUCGAAGAUCCCAGAGAAUCAACAAAGACAAGGAAGAGGCCUAGAACUGAGCAGUUUCGGAAGCAAAAAGCCAUUUACGAAGAUGCUAUCCAUUCGUGUUUGGUAUUUCAAUCAGAACUCGCCAACCUUACCAAUAAUAAUGACUUGCAACAGCAUCCCAGUCAGAGAGAUGUUACAAAGUCCACAGCAAAUAAUAUUCGACGCCACAUGGAAGGAUAUGGAAAACGAUAUCUUGCGAACUGUCAAGAACUCCAAUCCGAAGCCCAACAAACGAUUGACCUGAGCCUUGGAUUUGAUGCUCUGUCACGAGCCAUUGACAAUAAUAGUGGACACGAAUCACAAUGCUUACUUUCCACUUUGAAUGUCGGACACGAGACAACCUCUGCCAUUAAGCUCCGAAUUGCCGAGUAUGCUGGCGUAGCAACUUUUGACCAACUGGACGAUGUUCAGUCAUUAUCACUUGAGCUGCAAAAGGAUGGUGUAGAUGAUGGCAAAUAG